GGGGGGGGGGGGGCGGCCGGCCGAGCGGCGGCGGCCGCCGCCGAGCAGCGGCGAGCGAGGAGGGGGGAGAGGAGCGGAGGCGAGAUGAGCGCUGGGCUCCCCCUGGGCAGAGAGCCGCCCUCCGCAGCCGCCGCCUGUGAAUGAACUGAGGCGAGGCCGCCAGCCGGGUGCCCCCCCCCCCCUUCUCCUCCUCCUCCUUCUCCCCCUCCUUCCCCUUCUCCCCCGGCCCGCCCGCCCGCCGGCCCCACCGCGGACGUCCCCGCCUGCCCCCGGCCUCCCUGCCCCCACGCACCUUCGGGAACGCGGCCCUGCCCGCUACAACCGGCGCCGUCCGCCGCGGCCGGGGGGAACUGAAGGAGUGUCAUCAUGGGAGCAUUCUUAGACAAGCCAAAGAUGGAGAAGCAUAAUGCCCAGGGGCAAGGGAAUGGGCUUCGUUAUGGUCUGAGUAGUAUGCAAGGCUGGCGAGUUGAAAUGGAGGAUGCACAUACGGCUGUGAUUGGUUUGCCAAAUGGACUUGAUGGAUGGUCAUUUUUUGCUGUAUAUGAUGGGCACGCUGGAUCACAGGUUGCCAAGUACUGCUGUGAGCAUUUAUUAGAUCACAUCACGAGCAACCAGGAUUUUAAAGGGCCAGAUGGGCCACCAUCUGUGGAAAGUGUAAAGAGUGGCAUCAGAACAGGUUUUCUGCAAAUUGAUGAACACAUGAGAGUCAUCUCCGAGAAGAAACAUGGUGCAGACAGAAGUGGGUCAACAGCUGUGGGUGUCAUGAUUUCUCCCCAACAUACAUACUUCAUCAACUGUGGAGACUCGAGAGGUUUACUUUGUAGAAACAGGAAGGUUCACUUCUUCACACAGGAUCACAAACCAAGUAAUCCACUGGAGAAAGAGCGUAUACAGAAUGCAGGUGGCUCUGUAAUGAUUCAGCGUGUGAAUGGCUCUCUUGCUGUUUCAAGGGCACUUGGGGACUUUGAUUACAAAUGUGUCCAUGGGAAAGGUCCUACAGAACAGCUAGUCUCACCUGAGCCUGAAGUUUAUGAAAUUGAGAGAUCAGAAGAUGAUGAUCAGUUCAUCAUACUGGCCUGUGACGGUAUCUGGGAUGUUAUGGGAAAUGAAGAGCUGUGUGACUUUGUAAGAUCCAGACUUGAAGUCACUGAUGACCUUGAGAAAGUUUGCAAUGAGAUAGUUGACACCUGCUUGUACAAGGGAAGUCGAGACAACAUGAGUGUGAUAUUGAUCUGUUUUCCGAAUGCACCAAAGGUAUCGCCAGAGGCGGUGAAAAGAGAGGCAGAGUUGGACAAGUACCUGGAAAGCAGAGUAGAAGAGAUCAUAAAGAAGCAGGGUGAAGGAGUCCCAGACUUAGUCCACGUGAUGCGUACGUUAGCAACUGAGAGCAUCCCAAACCUCCCGCCAGGGGGUGAAUUGGCAAGCAAACGGAGUGUGAUUGAAGCUGUUUAUAACAGACUGAACCCCUACAGGAAUGAUGAUACUGAUUCUGCCUCAACUGAUGAUAUGUGGUAAAACUGCUCAUCUAGCUGUGGAGUUCACGUUUCAUCCUUCAAAUGAAAGUGCAGCCCAACCUCAGUGACCCUUCUUAACAUCCAUCCUCAUCCUUAAUUAAAGAAGGGAAUAUGAUGUGUUGGUGAGACUGACUACAGCAGUACGACAUCUAGCCCAGGAACUGAUCUUUUUUGUAAAACAGACUUCUGUAAACGUGAUUUCAAACCAUAAUUCAUGUUGUAAAUCAGACUCCAGCAAUUUAUGUUGUAUGAUUUUGUUUUUGUAAAGUGCAAUUGUCUUUGUACAAAAUGCUCAUAUUUAAUUAUGAACUGCUUUAAAUCACUAUAAAGGUUAGAAGAAACGUUUGGCUUGUGUGAUGCAACAAUAUAUAUCCCUUUAAAUUCAUGUUGUGGUUUUGGAUUGCAAGGAGCAGCAGCCUAGCCAGCUAGGUGCUCAAGAGGUGCACAAAACUGUAAAGAUAACUUUUUGUUUUAUAUGAAAGCUGAACUUGUGGGCAACUUACCAGAAAUUACAGUGUGUGAAUUUGCUUGGCAAUGGAAAAAUAACUAAGAGUAGUGCACAUUCUUCAACAAAUGUAUAUUGUUUUCUUGGACACACUCCUGCUCUCACAUUGAGUUAAAGGGAGUUCUGAUUUUGACUUCAGUGGGAGUUAAAUCAUGCCCUAUUAAUAGUAUCAUGUUCAUACACGUAUGAACCUUGGGAUUAGAAUGCCUUGAUUCUUUGCACCUCUUUUUUCAUUAACCCUUACCUGAAACUACUAAUCACUGAGCACGAACAGGCAGCUUUCUACAUACAGUAGGAGUCUGCAGCAUUUUUACAAUCCUGAUUGGCUGGGUCUGCUGCUGUUCCAAGUAAAAUACUUUGAAUUCCAUUUUAUCAAUAAAGCUUGAUUUAACAAACAAGAAAUUUAUCCAUAAAUGUGUAAUUCCUUUUUUCCUGCCUUUUAAAAUGUUGGUGCCAUUGUAAAUGAUAUUUUACUUGUGGAAGAAUAUUUUUAUUAAUUGGUAGCCCAUUUUUAAAAUGGGAAGGAUUUUGAUUAUUGCCCAAGACAUAGCCAUAUGCUAGAGGAUGAUGUGGGAUUAAUCCGUUACCCUAUUUUUUACAAGUGUGGGUUUUUUCAGGCUUUUUGGUGUUGUGUUUUUUUUUCUCCCCACUGAAGAUGUGCAUUGGUUUGAAUUUGCCUACUGUUUGAUAAAAAUACAUUUGUCAAAGCCUGACAAUCUUUAACAUUUUAUGGUGUGUGUUUUUAAUUGACCCACUUACUUAGAAUGAGAGACUAGUGGUUAAACAGUACUUGUGAUUUGAGAUAUAGCAUGUUGACAAUAUUUAACUGUUCGUUGUUUAAAAUUCUAAUUUAAAAUUUUAUAAGAUAAUAAACUAAUUUGAUUUAAGCUUAGCUUUCUCCCAUUGAGCAUACAAAAAUUAAGUUCAAGUCAGUCGUGUUUGCAAAACUGCUGUUUUGUGCACCUUGUAUUGUCUUUUUGGUUGAGAAUAUUGUAUUUAAUAUGUAGUUUACUCAUUUAGUAGGCAGAUUCCCCAAAAGGAAGAUCAGUAAAACAAGUAGAUUGUAACAUUUACUGCAGUUAAACAGAAUCAAAACUUGGUGUAUAAUUACUUUUUGAUAGGAAAAUGUAGUACAAUGCAUUUUGCUAUAUUUGUCUUUCCCUAACUUUGAAAUAUACAUAUUUGUAUAUAUAGCCUUAAAACUAAUGCAGAGUUAGGGAACACUGAACAGUGAAAAAGUAACUUAUAGUGUCUUGGAACUAAGUAUAGUAUAUACCAGCAAACUUUUCUUUUAUCCCUCUUGUCUAUGUGGGGUGCUUAAACGUAACUUCAUUGUAUUCAGUUUGUAAUCUGUUCAAGCAUGAAUGAAGAAAACAUAAGCACUAUUUGUAUUUAUAAAUUUAUAGCAAUUUUUGCUUUAAGAACCAGUUCCUUACCUACCUAUGAAUAAAUGCUUAAAAUGUCUAAUUUUGUUGUAGAGUGCAAAACUAUAAUAAUGUUAAGUUAUAGCUUCACAGGCACCUAAUUAACAAGCAUAUUUAAUAAUACAUGGCGUAUUAGUGCAAAAAGCUAAACUUAAUUUAGGACUAGGCAGAUAAAGUUCUGUCCUUUUUUCAUAGAGACUAAAGUUUAGUUUUGGAAACUGCAAAACGUUGAACUGGACUGUGGAACCUUUUAGUUUUUUAAACUUUAAAAAUCGGAAGCAAAACUGUGGUGUGAAAAGCCAUACUUCAAACCAUAAUCACUUAAACUGUCUCAGUGACAAAUGAUAUAUUUGAAGCCUCUUCUUACGAGGUCUCCUAAAGGUUAGAAAGAACAUAAUUCUGCUAUUGCUACAGGCGAUGUAACUAGGUUUGAGGGUAGCAGAAGAAAGCCCGUUUCAGGCCUUUCUUUCUCCCGCCUAUGUUCAGCGUUUUGAUGAGGUCAGAGCACUGAAUCUAUUAUGUAUGCAUAAACACUGCCAUUUUAGAUACAGAUUUUGAUUACAAAAUAUGCGAACUAAGUAUAUAAAGCAUCCUAGAAAAGAGGCAAGCUGUACUUUUCACCGCUCUGAAAAGGAAAAGGCACUUUUGCACCUUUGUGCAUCUCCUUCUUGCACCAGAAACUUUUUUUUAAAUGCUAAAAAAACAUGAGCACCUCAGGGGCAAGGCAGCAAUUUUUUUUUUUUAAGUAUUGUGUGCUAUUUAUUUCCCUCUUGGAAAAAGAUUCCUGUGUGACAAAAAUGAAAAUUGUGUGAUGUUAAAAGAUGUAUUUUUAAAUACAUGUUCAAAUAGGAUGGUCCCAAUUUGCUUGUUCUUAAAAGGAAAUUACAUUUGUAAAGCUACUUUGCUUCGUAUGCCAUGCGACUUUGUUUUCCUUCUACAUUUGACAGCUUCACUGGCUUCAGUUUCUGUGAGUUUUGUUAUAGUCAGAUUAAAUGUUUCACUGAUCA